GACGCGGGGUGCUCUAUGGCUAUGGCCAAGAUCAUUCCCUUCCUCCUCGUUCUAGUACCCAUUCGCAUGGCAGCCGCUCGGACGGAUUGCCCCAACGUCCCGUUACUGGGCGCAGUGGCCGCCUGCCAGAAGGCUUGCGGCACGAAGCUCAUAUACGACCUCUGCAUCCGCAUGAUGCGCCAAUGCGGUGCUGACGUGUCCCCGUCGCACAAGGAGAGGGCCACCGCAUACGCGAUCCUUGCGGCGCACUCCGCUGCGAAUUCCUUCGACGACACAAAGCUCGCCGCGAGCAACCAGCUCAGCCACAACUCCUCGCUCUCCGGCAAGCAGAGAGACGCCUAUGAGGGGUGCAUGAACGACUACGCACCGGCCGACAGCUCCAUCGACCGCAUCGCCGACGAGACGCUCCCUAGCUGCCGCUUCACGGGCCUCGCCGACGAGUACACGCGUGUGAUAAAUAGUGUGGAGAAGUGUAGGGACCGGCUGUUGACGCCGACUCUGGUGAAAACGCCGCUGUACCCCAUGGUGGUGGCCGACCGGAACAAAGCAGUGCUAGCGAACAUGCUUGGUAAACUGUUAGGCAUAUGAGUGUGUGAUGGAUCAAGAGGCAGUCCGGACACCAGAGAGCAAAUAAUAAAUACCAAGCAUUGAGUA